UAACUUUAUUGUUUCAAGAUGUCGCUAAAGAAUCCUGUUAAUCCUUAAUUGUUGAUUUACAGUUUUAAUAACAGAUGGUAGCAACGUGUAUUUUCAUAGUAAUAUCGUUUAAAAGCGGCAUAUAUGAAACAAGUUCCAAUUACAGUUAACAAAAUUAUUUAUUUAUCCUAUAAAUAUUGGUUUUAUGAAAGACUUAAUAAUAUUAUUUUAUUUACAAUUUUAUAAAACAGCAUAUCUGUGGAUGAUAUUUAAACUAUACAUAAACUGUAUUAAUACAAUACGUAUAUAUUGCAAAUAAAUUAUAUAAUUUUAGAUCACACCUAUCUAGUACACCAAUCUAAGACAAACUAAAUUAGAAAUAUGGAAUUGGUUGACUAGCUAAAUAAACAUGUACUUGUUAUAUUAAUAACAACGAGGUUUUGUUUGCUCUACAUAAACUUAUGUAAAAUAAAUCUUCUGCGUUACAUAAAUAUACGUGUGAUCUUUGUUUCUAUUUCAAUACAAGAUAACAUUUACGAAAAAUUGAUAUAACAAAUAAGAUACAUAGAAUUUAAAAGUGAAAUGUCACUGAUAUUCGUAAGUCGUGCAGAAAGCUAUGAAACAUUGUAUCUUCUGCUUUACAUUGGUACAGCUAUUUAAGUUGUUAUUCAUUACAGCAGUUUUAUCUCUUCAACGAUGCACCUACAUACGUUCAUAUGCCAUUGUCGAAGAUGUGAUCUCUGACCGUCAAAUAGGCGGUUGGAGGUCAUUAUCCCUUAUCUUGCCUGUCUGGUCAAUAUUAUCGACCCUGGCAAUAGUGCAAGAGGUUCCGUGGUUGAUUCACGAUUGUUCCCAUAGAAACAUACCGCGUGAUCGAAUCGCGACCGCGCGUUCCUUUCGCAUUUAAUAUAAGCCACACGUGUGUGUACUUGUCAGGUGAACCUUGUACAGUCUUGCAGGCCUACCGCAGUCUCAAAUAUUGACACGACCUGCGAUGAACUCGGGCAACGUCUUUUGACAUCUAAAGGUUUCAAAUUCGCGCCGGAAGUCGUCGCGCACCGAAACAUUGGAUGGUUCAUCGCCCGGAGAUCGAAAACGGCUAAAUAGAUAUAAAUAAUGGCCUUCCAAUUGGACGAUCUUCUAAAAGAAGAUAAGAAGGAUGCAAAUUUAUUACCUGAUCUAAGUAAAGCAACCUGUAAUUCUCAAGAAGAAUUCCGGCGACUGCUCGAAAAUUGCCCUGAAUUUAAAAUUAAACCGGAAAAGGUAAAAAAAGAUGAUGCAAAAGUGCGCGAUAAAGAAUUUUCCUGGAAGCCAACCAGAAGAGAACUGAAAGCAUUUGGGAAGGAAUGGAAUUAUGGAAAUCCGAUACCUCCAGACAUGAGAGCUUUGAAUCUUCACGAGUUACAACAGGUUGCUAUUGAUUGGAGAAUGUUAACGCCGAUCAGACCGAAGCAUCGACAAGACGAAGAAAUGUUUUCGAGAUUGGUAGAAAUGGGAAAACUAGAAGCAAAAACAGUUGCUAAAGAACGACGAUCAAUUAUAAGCCCCAUUAGACGCAGUAAAAACCGUGCCGGUAUGAUCGAAAGUAGCGUAAAAACUUGUGCUGAGUGUGGAGAAGAAUAUUGCUUUGGUGAAUUUUGUGGCGAUGUUCUGUACGAUCUAUUUGUGAGGGUAACUGUUACGAUUCAGCAGCCGAAAGUGAAAGUGUCCGCCGACACAGAAGCGAUAAUAGCUAAUAUGGAUCGUAAAAAGAAACACAAGAGGAAGAAAAGAAUUAAGAAUAAAAACAGAUCGUCCAGAAAGAAUGGUAGAUUGUUAAUUAGACACAAAGGAAUGAAAUCUACUGAUUUGGGAAGAAAGAGCAAUAAAGUCAAGAUCGAGAACGAAGGCGAUUCGAAGCCAUUAAAGCCAUUCAAAAGGAAAUGCAGCAAAUACCCUAAAAAAGGAUUUCGAAAAUAAGCGUAGAAAGUAGCAUUUAGGAAAACUAGAAAAAUGAAUUUAAGUAAAUGAUUGUUUUUAAUAAUGAAAGUGAAAUAUGAUAAUCAUAAAUGUAAAACGUAUGUAUUCUAACGAUAUUGUUUAUGUUCCCAACGAUGAGUAGAUUAAUUAGUAAAAAAAAAGAAUAGAUACUGUACAAGUUUAUAUAAUGUAAAUAAUUUCAUGUAGGAAGUAGAAACUAAAAGAGAAUAAUGAAGGAACAGUCGAUGAAAAAGUAAAAUGAGAAACGUGGUUCUGUACGUUUUAUUAUUUGUCUAUAUUCUGUGGUCCCUUGAAACGUGGAAUAAACUAGCCUUCCUUAUACAAUAUUUAAAAACUGUAAUGACAAUUAAAUAUGUACAAAACAUUCAUUGUAACGAUAAUUGGCGGGCGGGCGCAGUGAAUGGUUGCAACUGAAUGUUGAAAAAUACAAUUUUUAUUCCUCAUUUCAUUUACCUCUUUUUGUCUCUUCUUUAUUUUGUAAUGCAUUAUUUUUUUCGCUUAUACUUCUAUCCCAAAAAUGUCACAAUCAAAAAUGUAAGUACGGAACGAGAAAUAUUCUAUUUUCGCAUUUGUACCGAUUGCGCGAUUUUUUUUUUUUGUUUUUUUUUUUUUUUUUUUUUUUUUUUUUUUUUGUAGUAGCUUUGAUCAUGUACUUUAAACUUACAGCUACGAAAUAUUUAUAUUGCAAGGACUUAUAUAAAUUUUCAGAAUUUAUAAUGAUAUCAUAAUUCAAAUAAGAAUAUGCAGCCGUUGGAAACAGAAUAUUUCUCUUGAAUUAUAUUCUUUCCUUCGAUUUUGAAAGAAAAUUCCAUUUAUAUCGAUUUCAACAUUAAAUCGUACGCUAUACAUAAUAUUUGAACUGGCUGAAAUACACGCAUUUUACACAAAUAUAUUUAUAUAGAUAUCGUAAUAUUAGUAACUACGUUAACACUUUUGGUGAAUAAAAUACAUCGUGAAUAACCAUGAUAUUUCUGUUUCACGGAAUAAUAUCCUUUUAUCUAUACUGCACUUAGUUUCGUUUAUUCUAUAUUCGAUAUUUCUAUUAUGAUCAGAGUCCAGGUGCAUCACUAUCAAGUUAAUAAUAUUGCAAGCGUUAGGCCACUAAACUUAACUUCGUAUCGUACAUUUAUUUAUACGAGGAGAAAGACUUUCUUUAGCAAAAAAUAUUUCAGUUACUUUGAACUACACUCAAGCAAAAUAUCGACGUCACAUUGUAAUCACUAUAUAUGAAACUACAGUAGUCUCAUUAAGCUACAAUCAAAGUACAUAUAUGUAUGUUUAAAAAUAUAAUUAAUUUCGUUGGACACUGAUCGACACUUUUGAAAUAUCUCUACAAUCGUACUUGUAUAGACCACGUUAUUCAAUCACUAGUUUUUCAAGCUACUACCACUUCAGUAUACGAUAAAAUUGCACAUACGUAUAUAUUUAAUUAGAAAGAACAUUGCUGAUUAAUAUAUUAUACAUAUAUACAAUAGCGAUAAUAUUUUUUUAAUCAUAAUCAGUACAAUUAAAUUUAGUUUUGUUGGAAAGACUUCCUUAUAUCAUUAGCAUUUAAUUUUUAGUGUAAUUCUUUUUUUUUUAUUAGGAUCUUGCGAUAGCAACAGUUUUAUAGUGAUUUUUACAUCGAUAUUUAAUUACUCGAUAGACGAGUAAAGUGCAUAUAAAUAUUAUUCAAAAUAUGAUAUCCUUCUAUCAACAUGAUUUUAAAAACUCCCUAAAUUUCCAGGCUCAUUAACCGAAUUAACUUCGCCUCUUUGUCAUUGUGUCAUCACGCGAGUUAGUAACCCGAAGAAUAUUACAUAUAAAAAUAUGAUAUUAAAUACCUAGACCGCAUGAUUCGGCAGCUACUCAAAUUGUCCCAAUCGUUGAACUUAAGUACACCAAUGAUUAUUUGGUAAAUAUAAACGUUUCUUACGACCAGCGUUGAACAAUAACAUUACAUAAUCGUCCAUAAUGUAAAACUAUAAUUAAUUACAUUUAGCUUUGCUCGAUCAAUUGUCCACUUAAAUAUAUAAGUUUAAUACAGCUGUAACACUGAAUAUGGAUAGUAUACACGCAACGUGAAUUGUUUAAGCGAUGUUUGCAUUUAUAAUUGCAAUAGAAAUAAAAUAAAGACUACAUUUUUUACUUUUCCUUAGUGCCGUUUAUACCUUAAACAACGAAGUGUAACAACUCGUACUAGUAAGAAAAAUCGUUAUUUCAACACUGAUCAUAACGCCUGUAGAAAAUCUUUACAUUCCGUACGUUUCCUUUUUAUUACUUCAAGUAUAGUUGAAUAGAUACUUCCAACAAUUCGUUUGAAUAAUUACAUAUAAGAAAGUAAAAUUAUAAAAAUGCAGAGUGCUUGCUACAUAAAAUUAGAAAUGUAGAGACGAUAUAUUUAUAAAUAAUCGAAAGAUGAAUAUUAAAGUCUUUUCAUUACCAAAAAUUAUUAUACAACAGUUGCCCAUAGUAAAGUAUAACAUAUACUUUUGGCACUCGAUGGGGUCACUCGAUACAAGCGACUAUAUUUCAUUGGAUUUUACAUAGUAAUAACGAUCCGUGGUUCCACACUAUAUGUAUAUAGAAUUGAAGCUCGUUCGAAAAAAUUGUAUUUAUAUAAAGAAACCUUUCUUUUUUUUCAAAGUAUCAAUAUUUUAUAACAAAGAAUUUUUUAAAAUAUGUGAAAUACUAAAAUCUUUAAUACCUUGUAUGUAUAUCUCAAAACAUACAGAUAGAAUGAAUAUUUUGUGAAAAUAUAUUAAGGGUAAAAGUACAAAAUAUGAAAAGCUAUUUAAACGAAUAUUUUUUCAUUUUCUUUUUAUAAGUAAAAGCUAUAAAUGAUAUUAUUUAAUAGUACUAUUUUACAACGUUCAUGUAACGCUCAGGUAUACAGUAUAC